AUGAGGAUGGAAAAGCCAAGAGACAAACCACUUUCCGCAGGAGAUAUGAAUGACUACUGUUCUCAGGGUUCGAUGGAUGAUAUAGACUGUUUGAACUUUUUCGAAAGAGCUGUUCAGGACCCAUGUUGUGAGGCCUGUGACACAGAGGAUGCAGAUGAAGAACUGAGAGCAAAGCUCAGUAACUUUAAUUUUCAGUCUGAUUCAUCCCCCUGUAGUGGUAAAUGCCAACCGACGUUGAAUCCACUGUGUAAAAUAGAUGAAGCACUCCCAGCGAGGUCAGAAUUAGCUCCAUCGAGAAACGGCUCGGUAUCUGAGGCAAAUUCUGAUACAAAUUCUAUAGCUUCUUCUAUCCAUGACCCUACCGACUCUAAAUAUGGAGGCAUGCCCAGCUUGAGGAAGGCCAAAACGACGUCCUACUUCACUUCAUCUUCGUCAAACAAGACUACAAUGAGAAAUCCACUAAAAAAAUGCAGUACCAAUGUAAAUGGCCUUUUAGUAAACGGGAGGAGCUCAAGCUCUUCCAGACAGUCUAUACCAGAGUUGUUUAGUGGUGCGUGUACGAAAAAGAAAAAUAGCGUAUUGCUUAAAAGCGAAACGCCACAUUCGGAAUUCUCUAGCAACUCACUUCAACACUCCAAUACAAGGUCGUUUUCCUUACCUAGGUCAAGAUCGAGGUCUUCUGCCAUUGCAAUACCUACACAUUUGUAUGGUUUAGAAAAAUACGUUUCACCCGAGUUGGACACUUUGACUGCUGACCCAGAAGAUAGCAUUGGAAGUUCUCUAAAUAAUAGGCAUCGCAAAGCUUCAUCCUGUUGUCCAAAUGAUGCGGGGGUCACAAACUCAUCAUUACCACAUUCGAAUAAUUCUUCAUCGCUGAAUUUUCCUUUGGGUACAAAUACGAAUCAAUACCACCAACCAAGGCAGUCAUUACAACAGCAGCAAUUUUCGAAACCAGGCUUUGGCGCUGGAAGGAAAAAAUCUUUUAUUGAGAUGUCAUUGGCAAGUUCAUUUGCAGGCUAA